AUGCGUACCGUCAUUUCGCAGUCGAUGAUGCCGACAUCCGACAGUACCUUGUCUAAGCGUCGACGCUUCCAACCCGCCAUCACCAGUUUCUUCAACUCGGUGCCUGCAGAACCGCACUCCCAAGAUGGCAACAUCGUCUCACACAACCACUACUCGGCUGCGACAUUCUCGCCGACUCCCGUGGUGCCGGCCAAGGUUCAAUCAUCACUUCUCUCAGUCGGAAUGCGUGUUCGGAAGUCUGUUGCGGAUGGAUACAGGACUCAGUUGGCGAUGAAAAACGAGAAAAUCUUGCCAUCCACCAACGCUACUGAACCAGCUGUCAUUCAACCGUAUUCCGGAAGCAGUGGAUACGCUGAACUGGCACCUUUUUCCGGCCUUCCUAAAUCCUCUCAGGACCCAUACUCCGCCGAUCACCUCAUCACCGACGAUGGUGAUGCUUUUUCUCUCCCGCCAAGCAGCCAAGAGUCUAUCGAUUCCUCAAUCUCCUUGGGUCAAAAGCGGUCGUUUGAAAAUGACAUCUUAGUUGACGAUGAUGCCUUUGAAGACCAUUUUGAAGACCAUGCCAAUGAUGGAGGCUGGCAGGACGUCCCCGCCGGACGUCGCAUCCUCUCUCCUAGUCUAGGACAGCAGAGACGCCGUAUGCUUGCUCUGCGUGGCACAAUGAACCAGUCCACCAUGGACCUGGGUGACUUUGAAGAGGCCUCUUUCCUCCGUCGCCGGGAAGAGGUUGACGCCGACUACGCCCGGAUGGACUGUGCUUGA